AUGGAGAAGGACGUGUGAAACCUGUGCUCUCCCGCCUAGGAGCUAUAAUCAGCUAAAAUCCGCCACUUUUAUCAGGCAUCCAGCCCUACAAACAGGUUACCAGACUCCCCCCUAUGAUACCCAACAGACAAAUAUGGGGGACAACAAAAAGGACAUGCCACCUUCAGUGUCCACAAUAUUGUGCGCCUCCGAAGAACGGCAGCCAUCUUUGAGUCAGGACCCACAGGACUCUGGCUCAGAAUCCGACGAAAGUGAGGCCACAGAAAGCUUACAGACUCCACUCGCCAAACUCGACUUCCGCCAAAUGCUGCGGGAAGCGAUAGAAGGGAUCAAAACACAUACUGCCGCAUGCUCACUAAAGAGCGGAUCAUGA